UACAAGGUUGCCAUCACCAAACACAAGGACUCAGAGCAGACAUGCAGCAGUCUCUACAAUCAGAAUGAUAUGUGGAGUCCUGCUGUUGACUUCAGCAAGUAUAUUGAAGACAAUGAAAGUAUUGAAAAUGAAGACCUUGUUGCCUGGGUGACCACUGGUUUCCUUCAUAUCCCUCAUGCUGAAGACAUCCCAAACACAGUAACUGUGGGCAAUGGAGGUGGGGUCUUGCUGCGACCCCAUAACUACUUCAAUGAGGAUCCAUCUAUCCAUUCUGCAGAUGCAGUGUACUUUAGCCCUGGUGACGAAGAGAGCUGUGAGAACAACAGGAUGGCCUGCUAUGCUGAAGAGAUCUGUAGACCCACUCUAGAGCCUUUUACCUACCACGGUUUUGAGGGUGUCAUGAAGUUUGAAGAUUGGGAGUGA